CGUGCGCACCGUUUGUUUGGUCAUUUUUUUCCCCGUUUUCCACACACUCCGACGGAGGCCCACGGCAACCCCCCCAGACGCGAGCGGAGCGGCAGCGCUGGCGGACGCUGCUCGGCCCGCGGCAUGCACAGGACCCGCAGCUGAGCCAGGCCGCGCGCCGCCCCGGGGCCGGCACCAUGCCGCGCUGCUACCUCGUCAAGAAGGCGGCCACCAAGCACCCCGCGGGACCGGCCUCGUCGGGACGCUGGCCGUACCGCGAGCCCCUCAGCCCCAGCGAGGCCGAGACGGCGCCCUGCGCUCCCCUCUUCGGCGACCAGGCCGCCGACGAGCGGCCCGCAAUCGUCACCUCGGCCGCUUUCGGGCGCACCAGCCCCACUGCCGGUUUCAUCCAUGACUACUCGACGGGCCAGCUGGCCCUGGGUGCGGAAAGCCUGGUGGCGCCAGAGCGGGCCGCCGCGUACAGCCCACUGCGCGAUGAGCCGCGGGUGCUGGACCUGAGCGGGCCCGAGUUCUACUCGCGGCCCCCGCUGGGGUCAGCACCUCCGCCACUGGCCCCGGUGCAGGCGGCCGAACCAUCGAGCGAAGGAGGGGCACGCAGCAGCAGCCCGGCCUCGUCGUCGUGCUCGUCCACCUCGUUCGGCGCCGCCCGGGCUGUGACCGUGAGCUACACGUACGACGCCUUCUUCAUCAGUGAUGGCCGAUCCCGGCGCCGCACGACCGUCUCCGGCUUGCCGGGCACGACGCGGCGUCCCACCACCGAGGACCGGCCGCGUUACACGUGCGGCGAGUGCGGCAAGCACUACGCGACCUCGUCGAACCUGUCGCGCCACAAGCAGACGCACCGCAGCCCGGACUCGCAGCUGGCCAAGAAGUGCCCGACGUGCGCCAAGGUGUACGUGUCCAUGCCGGCGCUGGCCAUGCACGUGCUGACGCACAACCUGAGCCACAAGUGCCCCGUGUGCGGCAAGGCGUUCUCGCGGCCCUGGCUCCUGCAGGGCCACAUGCGCUCGCACACCGGCGAGAAGCCGUUCGGCUGCGCCCACUGCGGCAAGGCGUUCGCCGACCGCUCCAACCUGCGCGCACACAUGCAGACGCACUCGGGCCUCAAGCACUUCCGCUGCGCGCGCUGCCACAAGUCGUUCGCGCUCAAGUCCUACCUCAACAAGCACCUCGAGUCGGCCUGCUUCAAAGACGGCGCGACGCCUUCGCCGCCUUCGCCGGCGCUGCCGCUGCCACCGGCCGAACACCACCACCAGCUAGGUCCCGCCAUGGCCGCCGUUCUGGGCCUCGCCACCUAAGACCUUUCCUCCGUGGGGCUCUCCUCCUCCCGCGUUACCGCCACCUCCUCCGGGGAGCGCUUGUCUCUUUUUGUUUCUCCGCCCAUUGCCAAUACGACGUAGGAAAAACACGCGAGACUCGAAAGCAGUAGCACUCACGCCUCCUUAACAAUGGCGUCCAUUCCGAACACGCGCGCACGCGAGAAAAAAAAAAAAACGAUUUCCUUGUUCCUAAUUUUUAAAAAGAAACAAUCGCUUUCGCUAAGAUAACGCUCAAGUGAGAUCAGUCGCUUCAAAAAUUUGUGUAAAGUGCACUGCGAAACCCUGUAAGCUUUCUGAGUUGUGCAUUUCUUUCACAGUCAUCGUCUCUGGCGGCGGCCGUGUACAUCUCUUGACCAAAAUGAUGAUGCAUGCUCGCGAAUCAGUUGUGUCUUUGUGACUCACCACUUCGUGUCCACAAAACGACAAAUACCUGGCGUUUCUCCAGUAAUGUGGUUAGACGUGCUCAGGCAUUUCAUUCACUUUUGCUUCUAUGCAAACGUGUACACAGUGAAUCCCUCGUUUGCUACGUAGAGAAAUUAUUGUUGGCGUAAGGAAAUUUUAUCUUGCGCGAGCUGCGGUAGACUUCAUAGUGUAUAGGACUUCCCGGCUAUAUACAGCGUUCAUUUUUGUAGCGCGGUCUAAAGACUACACACAUUAGGAUAGGAGCGAUAAAAGUUAUAUUUUAAUUACAUGCUGGCAGGAAAAUGUGAAACUCGUAGGGGUAUUGCGCAAAACACCUAAAACUGUCCUAGACAACUGCGCAACGCGAUAACUUCAAGCUUCUUCUAGCAUCCAGAUUGCCGAAACGUUUUUUUGGGUAUUCGAUAUUAUCAGAGUUUACAAAAACAUUAACAAAAUCGCGCGUCGCCUCUUUUAUUCUAUUCAUUAUUCGACUUCAAUUCUUCGUUCGCGCCUCUCCAGGCGCCUCUUGCGGAACAUUCAUUGGUGAGAGGAAAAAUUGGAAGCAAAAAGACCACAUCACCCGUUCAACUUUUCUACACACGGCUAUAGGUUACGUGAUUUCCACGGACAUUUUCGUUUCAGGGUAGGGGAACAAAACAAGGUGUGCGUAGGUCAGUCCACAUCAUUCCGAGCAGGUGUUCAGCGACAAUCGAUGAAGGCAGCAUGGCGUAGCUUUUUUUGAACGCACUAUCCGUCCGUACAACACGAGCCCGCUAUGCUGUAGAGCGGACAACUUGAUUUCUUUGCGUUAGUUGGGUGUCGUUCUCCCUCUACCUGUAGCAGUCUCUUCCCGUCCUCCCUUCUUCAAUAGACCUCCUCACGAUGUUCUUCUACAGAACUUAGAGAUCAUUCUUCCUUACAGCGAAAAAAAAAAGCAAUAAUAUUAUACGUAGCAAGAGUCUUCCCUUUUACCAAGUCUGAAAUGUAGCUUCCUGUUCUAUAGUUUCAUGCUGUCAACAAAAAAACAGUGCAGAAUAGUUACGCGCUCUUUACGAGUUUCACCGUUCCAACGUUUUCCCCGCAUCACGUAACCUGUACCAUAUAUACUGCGACAUUUUAUUUCGGUUCCUAAGAGCAAUAAAAAUUGACCAUCUUUCGGAAUAUCGUAUAUAGAAGUCGCAACGCUUCUUUUUUUUUCCCCUUCAUUUUACCCCCAACUUCAUAAAACUGGCCUCUGUGUAGACGCCCCCGCUUUGAUACGCUACAUAACUUCGAGGCGCGAUCAUUGUCCUCGACUCUAUUUUGAAUACGCAACGCCAACUGAUGUUAGAACGGAGCCCCAUGAGGGGCGCUUCGUUCGCUCUUCUGCUUCGGAUUCCACGCCGUGUUUCUAGAUCACGGGUGAAAAAAAAAAAUGUAGCUUGUAAAUAACGCGAGGUCGUAGGUACAGCCGCGUCUAACGCCAUAUGCGGACCACUUUCGAGCUCUAUUCAAUGAAACUCGUUUCUCAAGCACUUCGGAACCAACAGUGCUUGAUUCAAGCAAACUAUACUUGCGAACGCUAUUUCAGAUUGAAAAUCGGGCAUCGCAUUGGGUAGGCGAACAUGUGUGAGUCAGAGAACCAAUGACACAGGGUUUAUCCGCUGCAGAGCAUUUGGCCUAGCAGAAAAUUACAGGUAUCGUUGGGAGAAAAAAAAGGGGGGAUCAUUUUUCGAGCGUAUCACAGCUCCCCGCAAUGUGAGGGAAUUGCCAAUUUCUUUUAUUUAUCGCAAGGAUCAGGACACAAGUAUGGUCUCUGCAAAUGAAUACGUAACUAGCCAACAUCGCGAUUACUUUUUUUCUUCACAAAUAACCCAGUUGAGAUGUUACAAGAGAGCCUUGAAUGCGUUCUGCUAUAGACAAGAGUGGCUCUUCUUUUCUUGUUCCGAGCAGGAAAGAACUGUCAAUUUUAGACCCGUAAACUCGAGCCCGAAGGAAUUAAACUGAAACAAAGUGCGUAAUUAGAAAGCACAGCACAACGACGCCCACGAGGCAAGUGGCAACUUGGCCACGUUGCGACUACUGGCAGGGGUUGAAUAAGAAGAAAAAAACGUGACUGUUUGCUAUAUACGCCAGCAAAAGUCAGAGGCAUAACUGUUGCCACUACGUCAGGUGUCGCAGUCGUGUGUACAUUUGUAUAUAGAGAUGGUAGGUAGGCUUACCCGUAGAAGUAGAACAUCCAGUGAGAUCUAUCAUGAGUAACAUUCAAAGAGGUGCAGGCGUACGUAACAAAAAGUAAUUCGCUUCCCUUACUCUUUUACCCCUCCCUCCCUGGAAGAUAUUUCAUUUCAUAUAGGAAUAGAGGAAAUGCUAAGCUUACGUUACUCCAGCUAAGCCAGAAGUAAAAGUGGUAAGUGGUCAACGUUCCGUUGGAGCUGCCCGACAGUGCUUGUAAAACAACUGGUUCCGAUAAGUGUAAGAAAAUGCCGCGAUACGCAUGAGUCCCCCCUUUGAGUAAAGCAACAUCCGAACGAGAGACGAUUCCAUAGUACGAAGUGCCACUCAGUGACGUUGCGCAAAAGUAUUCGAUUACACCUUGCUAAUCUGCAGCCGUUAUUCACUGCAAAACAAUGUAGAUGCAGAAAAUGACCCGGCGAGGCUGUCUUCCACAGCAAGCGGCAGCAAUACGUGCCUGAUCAGAAAACCUGCACAUUGGUAACAUAGUAGCGUUUACCGCAUUGCAGGGAAUAUUUGAAAUCGCAGAGCGGCACCUGAAACUCGUGCUUGGCUCCGAGACGGUGAUCGCGCAGACUACUGUAAAUUUUGGCUCCAAUUAAGAAAUUUAUUUCGGUGAACCUGAAGGCAUUUGAUGAGAAGUACACUGCGUACAUCAAAUAAUAUUGUCCUAAUAGUAGUUCCGACACGCUAGACCCAAUCUCCAACCACCGUGUGCUCCCUUGUACCGUCCACACUGUAGAUGUGCGCUCUUUUUGAUUUAAUAUAUCGUAAUGUGAAAAAUAUCAAUACUAUAUUUAGGUAUCAUCUUGAGUUUUAUGUACAGAUUAGCCUGCUGUUAUUCUUUAAAUACCUAUUUUCUGCACAGCUGCGCGUUUUAUUAUUACAAGUGUUACUUUAGCUUCGUUUUAUGUCUGCUUAUGAUCUAUUUUUCAGGAAAAGAAAAUAUACAGACUGUUUUAUGAGAUAAGGUAAUAAGUGGAAUGACAAGGAUGGAUUUUGAGCCACGUUUUCACCAGUUGCGGUUCUCCAUUAUCAAAAAUAUCAAGUCAGUGAGGCUAAUGUGCAAUUCUUGUUUCAUUUUUAUUAGUUAUUGUAAACGCACCUUUGUCAUGUGUUAGUGCAUGCAUAGCGCCCAGGGGUUUGUAUAGAUGGAAAAUGAUCCUGCGUCAUUGCAAGCGUGACUAUUUUGUAAUUCUUUAAAAAAAGCCAUUAUUGCGCUCAAUAAAUCUUGGUCGUUGACCGAGCUUCCACGUUUCAAACGAACUACAUUGCGUCAGCUAUCGACGUCUUGGUAUGUGGCGGAACGCAUUAUUUGUGGUGUGAAGUAGAGUAUCAGUGUUUGUGGUUAAUAAAGGUGUGCGAAUGGCUGAGUUUCCGAGCUACUCGGACAAUAACAUGGACGUCAUCUGAUAAGACUAGCAAUAAUUUACCGAACGCGAUAGGUGUAGAUAUGCUUGCACUGUAGCUGUACGCGUCAUAAAUAAUGCACCAUUUUGCACACACAGCAUGGAUCAUAUUCGCAGCUUCGAGCUGCUCGAUAUAUGGUCGAUGUAAAAACUCGAUAGUUUAAUAUUCUCUGGUUCAUCACAUCAAAGCAGCAUCUGUAGGGGGUUGAGGACGCGAAGUCGGUGUUUCUGGAAUUCCGGAAUACUUCCCCUUGAAUUUUCAAAAGAGAACAGAGCGAGCGUUAUGACUAGUCACAUGCAGUGUAAUCGCGAAUAACUUUGCGUGGUAUGGAAAUGAUGAUUUUGCGGAAUCAGAAACAAUUGUUUAUUGGAAACGAAUCUUGUACACCAAUUUGUUGAAAACCUACAGCUGGCUCAGAGAUAACCAAAGAGUAAUGAAGCCUGAUGAUAAAACGUAGUUGUUAUUUUGGGACACAUUAAUGGAAGUCAAACAGAAUAAGUAAAGGCUGACCUAAUGAGUGAAGAUAAAAACGCCUUCAUUAAGAAAUGUUACUGAACUCUAAGCAGUAGCGUGCAAUGUGCGUCUCAUCGUAUUUAUUGGUCGUUCUAUGGGGGCAAAAUGCUACAGGCCCGUGCACUGUGCGAUGUCAGUGCACGUUAAAGAAACCCAUGUGGCCUAAAUUAUCCGGAGCUCUCUACUAAGGCAUCUCUCAUAGCCUGCGUGGCUUUGGAACGUUAAACCCCGCAAACCAACCAACCAAUCAUCAUUCUGUUCAACACAUAGCAAGUGUUCAAAGCACACCAGUGGUAGUGCUCAGCUUCAAGCGAAAUGGCCGAGAGCGCAAAUGUACUCUUAUGCGAAUAGGGUCUCCUUUCAGCGCGUUAGUGAUGACCAACAUUCGCACACCUUUACGUGACCUGCUGUAUCUGCCGUAGUAUAGUUCUCAUAGCAAUAACGCGACUAAAACGUGCAAUCUUCGAAUGCGCUAUAUAGACAUCACGUAGUCUCCUAUGCAAUCCUGACAAUGAGAGACCGAGCUGUUUCACAAGCUAGAAAGUCCUCGCUCCCUCCGGGGACCGGUCGUGUACGCGACCGGAUCCCUUCCCGGGUUCGGCCCGGCUGUGUUCUCCUUUCACUCUGCAACGACCGCUGUCUAGUUUUGGGUGUUACUGAUGCUGCAUCUGACUAUGUAGCGAAGGCCCUCCCAGUGUUACACGACGGAAUCCUUGUUUCCGUGGCCCCGUAGUCGUUGCCGAGCGCGCUCCUAUAUCGAGAGGCUAGGACAUAGUGCUAGGCGUGCCUCGCCAUUCUGCAGUAGAGAGCCACCGGAGAGGCUUUUGGUUCGACCCUUCGCCCCGGCGACAGACAGCUAUCCCAACUACAGUCGUCUUGCCUCAAAGCAAUCGACACAUUCGACCAGCAAUAAUACACUGUACAGUAUGUCGCGCAGUGCAAUCACGUUGCACGUGCAAGUAGGUGUAGCCAGGGCGCAGCGGAUGCUUCGCCUACACGGCAGCAUCGCGCGCGGUUGUGUAUAGUCCUUGACGCCUGCGCGCUGCUUUCCCAGCAACGAUGUAUACCGCUGAAUUAGCAAGCAGAGCGAUCGCUUUGAUUUCAUCGCCACUUGUACAGAUGGUUAUACAGGCACUACUUUAUACUUCAAAGUAGAGACAAUCGAAAUAGCAUUGUGUCCAGUGCCGACGAGAAUGUACCGUGUGGCGUCUGCUUUGUACAAAUGGCUUCGUACACUUAUGCUUUUAUUUUUUAUUUUUUGUAAAUACGCGCUGGAGUGCGAGUGUUUCUUGUUUCGUGCUUGUGCUGGUGUGCUUUCGUGUUACUAUUUCGCUCUUCGCUAAAUACGGUUUGCCCAUGCCAGCUGUAAUAUACGUAGCUGUCUUGAGUGGUGAUUUGAAGUGCAUUCACAAUCUCCCGUACUUGGCUGGCUUUGCUGAUGCGUACUGCUAUCACUCCGCCAUUCAGUAUUCCUUCGCUGCUUAGAAAUUAAAAGGCGUAACGAGCGUUUUUGGUUGCUAAUUAUCGCUCAAUAGUGAAGCUGGAACGCUCAAUAGUGAAGCUGGAACUGUUUGACUAUACUGAACGGAUGAAACAAAUAUAUUAUUAAGAAGCGUUACUUUAUUAGUAACACAGAGGUGGCAGUUGCGACAAUCUAAAAAAAAGACAAAAAUACACAUUGAUAUAGUUUAGAAAUUUCAGAAAUUACAGCGCCGAUUCCUCACGGAUACGGAGCACUCAUCCUGGGAUGAAAAACGUAUCCAAAAAUCUGGUAUUCGAGAAGCAGGGAAUUUCUGCGGAAGCGUCGCAUUUUACUGCCAAGCUAUUUUUCCAUAAUAAGCCCCUGUACCGUUGGAGCGAACUGUCAGCAAAUAACUUAAAUAUGACAAUUAAAUGAGGGGUACAAGAACAAAACCUAAUCGCGCAACCACGCUCACUUUCCAAGCAAUAAAGCAAAGCGCUGCCUGCUCACACUUUGCCGCAUGUGCAAAUGCGCUAAAACAAUCGACGAAGUUAACCACCCCUUACGCGGGUGAUGUUAUGCAGAAACAGUUUGAAACAGUGGUUUUGCGCGAUAUGUUCCGCUGUCUGAGCCCACUAAGUCUGCAUUAUGUCAACUUACCCAAUGGCAGCAAAUGAUGCAGUCUCAGAGUUGCGCGUCUCCCAUUAAAACAAUAUGCAUAGACAUCGAGAAAAAUGUUGCACACAUGGCUACGUUACCUUUUAAAACUGGCCAGCGUGGGGUUGUUGAACGACGCAGCAAGAAAGUCGCAAUGGUCAAGCCAAGUCAUUCUGCGCGCUUUAACGUGAACUGACUAUAUCGAGCGCUUCGCCGCUAUGCCGCUAACGUCGUUCUUGCUGUUAUAGAUUUGACGAGCGUAUGUGAAUAGUAGUUACAAAGUGUGUUUGAGCGUGUUACAAGGGGAAUUUCUGGCGGCGCAAUUUUUUUUGCUUCACGAAGCUCGCUUGCGGUGGAUGUGUGCUGUUGAGGUCAAGCAACAAUGCUUUCAGCUUGAUGAAACCGUAAAUGUUGCGCUCAUUUGAGCAGUGUGUCCGUGGCUAGAGCAAGUAACUGCCAGUUAAUUUCAUGUGCUAGAUAAUCAUGCUCUGAGUGAGUGAAAUAACCGCUUGCCGUAGAAACAUUACACGUCUUGUUCAUUAGAACAAUUGCACUGUCUAUAAUGCAUUCUGCGUUUAUUUUGCUGCCGAAUGCCUUUCGUGCCGUUGUAACACGGCAGAAGGCUAAACGUAAUGUAACGAAGCUGAACAGUCUAUACCGCUAAACCACCGUUUCACAAGUGGCAACUUAAGCAUGGAUUGGCACCAUACGCUAAUUCGAGCUGCUGUUGCGAAAUUUUUGUUCGUGAAGUAUAAAAUGGAGUUGGAGGAGACCGACCCGAACCUGCGCCAUCAAGUUCUCGAGCUGCAACAAACAUUUCAGUGGGUAUCGCAGGGAUCAAUAUAAGCAUUUGAUGGCAAAGCAUGUGAGGUAGAUAAUGAAAAUGACAGCGGCAAGUUCGUCGGAAAAGAUCUUCUAAGCAAACACAUAAAUAUUACCUGGGGAUAUAAGAGACAUUCCCUGUUUUCUCACGUGGAAAUGGAAAAAUGCUUAAGUUAUCGCUCAUUAGAACAGCAUUUGCCAGCUCACAAAAAACUACAAAAAGAAGAAGAGGGGGUAGUUGCGAAUAAAAGCGUAAACUGGCAGCGAGGAAAUUGUUUACUUCAGAAAAGUAAUGAGAAGGGAGUUAGUUUCAGUGAUUCUGAUUUCAGUGUUCCUGACGCACCAAUAAAAUAGAUCGCUCUGUUGAUGGCUGUGUACAUAACGCUUCCUUUUGCGAGUUCUCAGCUCGAAGAAAGCAUCGCUUGGCAACUGUUACCAAUAAUAUUCGCGCGCACGUAAAAGGACGAUGUUUCGCCGCUUGUAACCACUUUCAGCCCCACCUAUUUCGAAAGGUCACAUUCAAACGGUUGUGUAAACAACGUAGUCGCUACGCUGUACAUGAAAGCGCACGGAAUAAAAAGCGCAACGCUGAAGUUGACUCGCCAGCCCCACGUAUCCACGGCGCUUGUACCGUGCGCCACUGUCUGCCCCCUCACUCCAUUAAUCAGUUAUGUAUUCCGAGAGCUUGCAAUCGCAUUGCCUGCGGCAUUUGUCGGUAAGCAGCACAUAAAUCUCACCGAAAACGGCUACAGCGAUUUCUGAGCCGCUACUAAGCAUCAAUCACAAACGCGAGCUCAUUUUGCAGCAAUAAAUAAUGCUUAAUAUAUUGACGACAGUACCUUAAGCUAAAGCAAUAAUUUUACCGCCUGCUAGGCUUCUUCACGUAUAAGCAAUAAGAGGUUUCAUGUUGUUUUGUCUUCUUACCUACGCCUGCAAGCUGGCUACGCAUCAACGAAUGUAAACUAAAAGGCAUGCAAUGGUUACUUUAUUAGGGCUCAAAGAGGUCGCAGGUGGUGCGGAAUGAAACUAAGCAAUAAGGCAGCCUGAAUGCUUCCAAAAGAGCGAAUUGUUUUCUCUGCGAGCGUUUCUCUUCUUGUAGUGUACACCUCUCUUCAAGACUGCAUGAUAUUCAAUUGUACUUAUGCUGUAAGACCAUAUUGCAUGCGUAGCAGUGCACUGUAUAAAAACUGAAAUUCGUCUAGUUUUUAUUGUAGGUGCAUGUCCUCGACAAAAUGUAACGACCAGGUCGCAGUCACUGCGACCUUCGCUUCAGGUUUGACAUCAACGAAAACCCUUCAUGUGGAGUUGUGAUGCAUGCUGCCGACUGAAGUUGAGUCUUCAGACAUCGGCUCGUUUGUGUCCUCGUCCACACCAGUAUUAAACUAAGUGCUAAUUAAAAAAAAAGUUGGUGUUAGCGUGCUCAGAGUGUUGUUUUUGAGAGUUCUGAAGCAGUCUCCGACUGGUGAGGCUGUGCUGCUGAUAUUUCUGUCAACGUCAAGAGCCUCGAGCAAGAAAAAAAGCUUCUCCUCGAAGACGCGAGGUCAAGCGUUUACAAAAGCUUGAAGCGUCCUGUGCUAUUGAUAAAAACGUGUAUAUCCUGCAUUAGAAAUCGAAAGCAUAGCACGGGCACGAGAAUUUGAACUUAUUUGUGAUCCCUAAAUUCCCAGAAUGAGGAGCCACAAAUAAAGUGGAAGGCGUAUUCCAUAAAAAAUCAGCUUACAAAGUGUCCAUAAUAAAAAAAAUGUUUGCGAACAAACCCCAGAAAAAUUGACCUUUGCCGACAGAAAUGCGGUCUUCCACACUCUCCCUGACUGACUUCGCCAUCGCUUAUAGAACGUUU